AUGAAUGAUAGAAGUCUUAGUGUUGAGGGGGCUGAUGAACUGGUCUCUAAACUUCCGGGAAUGAAAGGACGGAGGUUACAUGUCUUAACUCCUGCUACUCACUGUGAAAUGUACUUUCCAGCUCUUCUAGUGUCAGCACAGAAGUUAGGAUAUAGACUUCACAUUUUGGGUCUUGGUGAAAAAUGGCAAAACUUUCGGUGGAAGUUAGUUAAAGUUCGUGAAUUUUGUAAGACAUUGCCACCGAAUGACCUAGUACUUCAUGUAGAUGCAUUUGAUGUCUGCUUCCUACAGCCCCCACAUAUUUUGGUUGAGAGAUACUUAAUGACAGGAGUGGAUAUAUUAUCUUGUGGUGAACAACCAUCAUCUCAAUUUUUACUUGAUGCUUUCCAUGAUAGUAUGUUUAGAGCUGAUUUAGAUGUUUCAUGGCCUGAUAGGAGAGAAGAUUCACCAGAAAAACUAGACCUAAGAUAUCUAAACUCAGGUAAUUGGAUAACUACUGCUAAACUUGCCAUUCGUAUGCUAUCAAUUAUGCCUGAAAAUGAAGUAAAUGACCAGAAAUGGCUCAGCAAACUUUAUCUCAUAUCUAAAGGAAAAUUUAGAGACGAAGAAACGAAGAAAGCAAUAAUUGAAUCUUGUGGAUUAACAGAAAUGGAUAGCAUUAAUAUAGAUAUUGAUUAUAGAUGCCAAUUAUUUUAUUUAUCAAGAGAUCUAGAUGGUUCUUGUCUUGAUAUUAUUCCUCAUGAUAUUGCAGGGAAGAAGUAUUGUUCAUGGUUUAAAAAGAAUUCAAAUGGAGAAGCUGCUACACCUGAAGCUGAACAAGAGUAUUCUAAGACAUAUUUAAAUGGUAUUUUAAUUGAUAAAGAUGCAGAAAGUGCUCCUUGUGUACUUCACAUGUAUUGCAGAGCUAAUCACGAUGAAAUUGUUAAAAAACUUGGUUUACCUAUUGCAAUUCCGGAAAUUAGUAGCAUAAUUUAUUAUGCAUAUUAUUCAUUCAUAGGCUCAUGGCGUGUCAGAAGGUACAUUUCAAUGAUCUUAGCAACAGCUGUGGGGGCACUUUCACUAUUGGCAAUAUUCCUUUACCUAUUCACUACAUCAAAGAACUAUCUAAUGUCUUUUUCAACAAACAUGUUAUCUAAACCAAUAGAAAACAUAUCAAGUUUCAAUGAACAAAUUCCCAAUUCGUUUCUCCUCUGUGAAUACAAACAUAAAGAUAGUAAAUUGGAAGAUCUCAAGAGUUUAGAGUCAGCAAUUGUUCUAGGACAUCUAAGGUGCACAAUGAAUUCUCAUGAUAUUCCGGAAUUAACAGAAAAUUCACAUUUAAUUGGACUCAUACCUCCUGACCUUGAGAUAGUGGCAUUUUCUAGACCUCACUUUCAGGGCAAUAGAUACUCACCAAGAACAAGUGAUUCUACUAAAGAACAGUCACUAAACUCCUACACAGCUGUCACAUUCCCAUUUAUCCCUAAGAGUAUCCAGCUUAAAGAUUCUAGAUGCAACAAAGAUUCUGCAGCCACUGGAGGUAGUAUAGACCUGGACCAAUUGCCGGAUCACAUAACAGAGCUGUAA